CAAAUGACUAGAAAAUUGAUUCCACCUGCCCAUGUCAUGAGGGCUACAGACAAUCAAGCAUUAUGGACGAAAAUCGGCAUCAUCAAGGAACUGUCCUUGAUGGCGAAGUCCGUAAUCAUAUACGGAAGAGGUUGCUUCUUGAAGUUCCUCAACGUGAACACUGGAGAGGAAAUGUGCCUGACUUUGAACGACCACAAUGGGAAUGGCGAUGGCUUGAAAUGCUACAGAGGCCAUUCUUCGCUAUAUAUUUUCGCUUACAGCGAAUGCUGCCAGCGCCCGUUCAUCUACGUGAAGAGCUAUCCAGAUUUCCAGCUGAUAGUCAAGUUUGAAGGCGAAAGGGAAGGAUUCAAAUGUUUAGCAUUCUCAGACAGUUCGCUGUUGUUUUCCCUUGGCGAAAUGCCCCAUUACAAGGUGACUGCCUGGAACUGGAGAAGCAUGGAUAAGUUUGCGGAAAGCGCCAAUGAGCUGCUUUUUGAAAACCAAAUUAUCAGAUGCAGCUACGGCCGUCCAAUGUACCUGGCCCAAUUAGGAGUAGGCUCCACCAAACUGUUCAUCUGGGACGUUUUCACCGUCUGCAAAUCGACGAUUUUCGACAAACAUCAAGUGAAAAUCGGCAAUUUAAAGCCUGCACCAUUCGAAAGCGUGGUGUGGUCCGUGGAUGGGGUCGCCCUGUAUAUUAUUGAUAGAAAUGGAAGCAUUUACACGUUCGAUAGAGAUUUUUACCUGGAACUGGUAGUGGACGUAAGUAACGCCCACAUCUGUGGUACAAUCACGCCCUCGAUAUGCUGGUACCAGCACGGCCUAACUGUCUCCGGUCCUAACAAGGAGAUUCGGCAUUACAAGAAAGUGGGAUCUGCUUGGAUAUGCGACUCCAGCUUCCCCACCGAACAGAGCAUUGGCAAUAUCAUGAGCGGAAAAUAUGAAAAAUGCAUCGGACACACCGAUGUUUCGGAGAUCGUUUCUUUUGGCACCAGCUUGGAAAGUGUGGCGUUCCUGAAGAAAGGAGAGUCCAGUUUCAGCAACAUUUGCAUCCUCAAUCCACUGGGAGAGUUUGUGAUUGUAGUCAGAGCCUCAACUAUUUUGGAUGCUUACAGAAUGGACACUGGGAAAAGGAUAUCUUCAAUCACUCUGGAGCACAACAUCUCCUCAAUUGCGGAUAACCCAGCGUUUCCAUUUGUGGCAGUUGGGCAGGAAACUGGCAAUUUGAAGCUGGUCUCUUUCCACAAUGAAGCCAAGCCCAAUGUGUUGAUAAACCUGCCCUUAGCUGGCUUCAGCUUAGGCACAACUCGCUUCUUUGAGCAAGGGAAUAUUUUUGUUACUGGCAAUAAAAGAGAGGGGGAUUUCUUCAUUUUAAAAGGUUUACCAGGUACUCAAAUCGAAGUCAUCAAGCACUUGCAUGUGGGCCAACAAGUGGUCGACUACAUGCUAGUGGCGUCCCAGAACAUGAUCCGAUUCUUCGCCAUUCCGGUAACGCAGGACCAGUUUUAUGCAGGAAAUCGCCUGCUGCGCUACUGCAUAGUGGACAAACAAGUGGUCAAUAUCAAAGAGUUCAACUUCUCACGCGAUGAUUGCUGGUACAGGAAAAUCUACGCGAAGAAGGGCCCGGAUAGGGAUCGGAUGUUCUACCUGAUACCAUUCAAUUGCAGACAUGUGGAGGAAGCCGAAACCAAGCGAGGCAACCCGAGUGUCUUCAUAACCAGAAGCAUCAAAUCGGGCCACCAAAUGAAGUACUUUGUGCUCAGUUUCGGGACGAAACAUGCAAUCACUUGGGGUGUGGAUGGGUUUGUUUUCGUCCGAAGUCCAGACUUUCAGGACAUUGUUGGCAUGAGUUUGUCUCAUCAUCGGUUCCACAAAGGGGUCGCAAAAGCCAUCACCAACCCGGCGGCAAGCAUUAUUGUCAGUCUAGGAUGUGGCGGUUUGCUGGCGGCCGUCAAGUGUGUUGGUAACGAAGAAGACGAAACGUUAAUGGGUAAAUUGCGCGAAGAAAAGCUGAGCACCAAACUAGCCCUGAUGUUCAAAAGGCCCACAUUGGGCUUCGAGAUCGAGGAACGUUUCAUCGGGAAGUGUUGGCUGGAAAUACAGAAGUUGAAGAAGAUUGAAGCAGAGGAAGCCCAUUGCAAGAAGGAAAGGAACAAGAUCUUGAGCGACUUUCAGUAUAUUCAAUCAGUCGUUCAAAAUUUGGUGACUGAAAACCUCCGAGCUCCCGAAAACAAGACGCUGGAUUUGCUGGAGUUCUACCUGGACGCUCAGGCUUACCAUAGGAAGCAGCAGCGAAACAAGAAAGACUGCAAAGAACUGGAAACCUACCUGAAGAGCCUGAUUAUUGCCCAGGACAAAGUUUCGGAGUACAUCAUCAAGAACUACUACAUACCUAUGGGAGUGCAAUGGCACAACAUUGUGGGAAUCUUCAGCGCAGUGAAAGCGACCAACUACUGCCUGCUUCCUGAAAAUCUCGCCCGAAGCCAACGCCUUAACUGGAUUGAAGAGCAGCGAAAAGUCGAACAAUACCUCAGCAGCCAGGACACUUUCGAGCCCUGGCAAACCCUCACUAAAGAGGAAUUGCAGGAGAUUUUGGCUAAGAGACCAGCGCCGCCCAAGAACGACUACACCGGAUUGACUACCGCUUUAAACCUUCAGGAGGAAAUCGACGUGGUCGAUCCGGAGAAGUUUAUGGAAACGAAAAUUGCCAUCACCGGAAGUGUGGCGCAACUCUAUAUUGAUAUCAGCCCUGGUCACUAUCGGCAGAGGCAACUGAACACUUUCUAUCAGUGCGAGUUGCAGCAAGCCGUUGCUGAGAGGGAAGUGAUCAGACUGAAGCAGUGCUACAACAAAUGCUUCCAAAACACUCGCGCGAUUAAAGAACGGGAAAUGUACAACAUCAAGGAAAAAAACGCUCGACUGCGCCAAAUAAUAUCGGAGUUCAACUACUUUUCCGACACGAAGCUCAACAUCGAAAUCAACGACCCCGAAUGGGAGCCAAUAGAAAAUGUGGAAACCGACAUUCUCCGAGUGGCUGAUGAAGAAGUGCCAGUUGGGCCAUACGUUUCCCCUAGCGAGCAGGCUCUUCUAGACGCCAAAGCAGCUGAAGAAGAGCGGCUUCGCCUUCUGCUGCUAGCUGAUGACUUCCGGGAACGCGCCCUCAUGGCCAUGAUGAAUGGCGUUCUGGAAAUCCGAUGGGAGGACGAGCUGAAGAAGGACGUUCCCAAGCCCAAGUGUUUGCUGGAAAAAAGCCCGGAGGAAUUCAUCGAAGACGACUUGCGAGCCAUUCGGGAGUACGAGGACAAAGUGGUCCAACUGAAGACCGAGCGCGAAAAGUACAAAAGCCUGCUAGAGGUGGAGUUUGGAAAACUCUCCCUCAACCUGCGUGACUCUAUCCGGAAGUUCAACCAGAAGCUCUACGACUGCACGAAAUUCAAGUUCUACAUCGACUCUGGAAUGAACCAGGAAAACCUCAUGGUGAACAGGCAGAGAGUGAUCCAGAACGGCCGCAUUGAACUGGAUGCGACUGAGAGGAACAUUAUGAAGCAAAUCCGGGACUACGAGCUAGCCGUGGAGGAAAACCAGAGGCUCAUCACUCGAAUCCAGGAAGCCCUUGGGGAGUGCAGAAACAACAUGGAAACGAUGCAGAGCAAGGAAAAACAGCUGGAGAAGGCUUACAGGAGGGAUUUCCAGGAUAUGUCUCCAGUGAUCCAGGAGCAGGCGUAUAAAUUGUACAAGAAAAGACCAAAAGUGAACUUCCGCACCAUAUCAACAGCCACAGUACUGAACGAACUGGCAAAAUGCGUUAUAUCCAACGAGAUCACCUAUGCCUUGACUCAAGAGUGUCUCGAUUAUAUCAACGCUCUGGAAACUCUGGAUUUGUUCGCCGGAUUGCCUCCCACCAUCGAUGAAACCGUUUGGCACCUGAUUUGCAAACACCGAAGAUUCCGGAUUGAAUAUGAUAUGCGGCUGCGGGCCGCCCAGAUCCAGAUUCUGGAAGGCGAGGCCACAAUUGCCACGUUUCAGAAGCGCGUUGCCACUCAAAAAGAGAAAACCGCCAUUCUGAAUACUGAGCUGGAUCAGACCAGGGCUGAUCGACUUUAUUUAAUCCACAACAAGCAAAUGCAGUUGGUUCUAAGGCGCGGAUUGGUGGAAAUCCCGCUAACUGGGGAUCUUUUCACUGACUUUUCCGAUGCCAUUCUGGUUCCCAAGGCGGAAAUUGAGUACGUCAACAAUCUCAUUGUGGAAGCAGGCAAACUGAAGCUGAAGACAAUCGAGAAGAAUCUGAAGUUCCGCAGAACCAUGAUGGCCAUCGAAUGGGAGCAUACGAAGCUGCGGAUGAAAAUCAACGAUUUCAUCGAGCAGAAGCGCGAUAUUGAAAAUGUUAAGUUCACAAAAGAGAUGCAGUCAUAUUUGAAGAACAAAAGCUUGGGCCGGAAGCAAGACAUUGAAUCGUACGAGAUGGAGGUCGAGUUGCUGGCUGCUGCUUAUGAGAACCGGAUCAAAGACAAAAAGGACAAAGUGAAGAAGAUUUCGGUGCAACUGAAGACGUACCGGGAGAGUAACAAGCACCUGGACCAGCUCAUUAAGGAGAUCAACAUCGAUCUAUGCCACUAUCAAGUGGAGAAAGACUACGAAGUGGAAAAGAAGGAGAAGGAAAUUCUCAAAGCCAGAAUGAGUGCAAUGCUUAAUCGAAACCAACUAGUUCUGAAGGUUCAGAAGAACCACAACGAAAUCUUGGUUCUUCAAGCGGAGCUGGAGCUGCUGCGGCUCAGAACCUUCCCCACUCUUAAAUACAAAGUGUUAGACGAGUGAACAUGUACACUUUAAUUGGAGAAUUAAUGUACUUUUGAUGUACUUUUUGCUUAGUUGAUGCAAUAAAAUGCUUUUGUACAAUUCAA